UGUCACAGGUACCCCACAUUCCACGUAUCUAGGAGUCUACGGCUGGGGAAGCUGAAGACCUUCCAGAGAAGGGCCUCCUCCUGUAACUGGAGGAACCAUGGCGGUGAAUAGGGGAGUAGAGACCUUCUUGUCUGUCUUCCUGCUGUGCUGCUGGCAAGGCACUGAGCUACAGCCCAUCAAGACAAGUUUAGGUCCAAUUACUGAAGGUUCAUUAAACACAACAGCCAAAAACAUACCUGAAGUAUUAGAUGAAAUUCUAGCCCAAGAUAUUUUGGAGCCAAAAACAUCAGUAGCGUCUGAAACAUCACCACGAACAAGAUCACCAAUAAGGACGACAUUACAAACCAAGGAAAUAAGCAGAGGUAUGGUUGAGAACCUUCAUGACCACAGCUUUCAGACUAAGCAUGAGCUAUCCUUGUCUCCUGAAGAAAAGGAGAGUUCAAAUGGUGAUGUGUACAGGAAACUGUCUGUUCUGGACAGACUCCUUGAAGACAUAGGACAAUCUGAAGGCAGUCUGGACCUAACAGAAAGCAUCUUUUAGGAGGAGAAGAGGACCAAGCCCAGGAGGACAGCGUGGCACAGGUGCUCCUGAGCUUAAAAACGGCAAGGAGCCACCGGAGAGCUACAUACACCCUCCUUAGGGAAUGCACACACUCACUGUUACCCACUCUUAAAAGAAAAUUUGUUUUUCCAUGUAA